AUGGAGCCGGACACAGCACCACCGGACUGCAGCCCCGUGACCCCGCACGUGACCCUGUACGGGGAGUUCACGGCCGCCGGUAACAGGAGAGUCCGGUACGCGGUGAGUUUAACGGAGCAGGAGCUGGUGGUUCAGAGACUGUCUUCCGCACCUGUCCCGUGGAACAAGGUGCUACUGAGGCUGGAGGACUGCGUGGGGUCCCGCGCGCACUGCGGGGACGACUCGGACCCUGCCGCCUACUUCACCGCGUACUUUUACCCUCUGAAGAAGCGCUGGGUGGGAUCCGGAUCAUCCAGGCAGCGCGUGGAGCAGUGCUUUCGGCUCGCGGCUCUGCAGGACCCGCGCUGCAACCUGGAAGAGGCGGACAAGUGGGCCCGGGCUGUCCGAGAGAGGUCUGCGCGGAAACACGGUCCCAGAGACGGGCUGCUGAUGAGUGAGCCGUUGCAUCGUCACACACUGGUCCUGGUGAAUCCGCAGAGUGGGCGGGGCCAGGCGCUGUCGCUGUACAACUCACACAUUCAGAGAAUGCUCCAGGAGGCGGGGCUUCCACACUCUCUGCUCAUCACAGAGCGGCAGAACCAUGCCCGAGAGCUCGUGAGGGACCUGAAUCUGGCCCAGUGGGACACGCUCGUGAUUAUGUCAGGGGACGGACUGCUGUUUGAGGUGAUUAAUGGGCUGUUAGAGCGGCCUGACUGGUGGGAGGCCAUCCGGAUGCCUCUGGCCAUUCUCCCGGGAGGCUCCGGCAAUGCGCUGGCAGCGUCGGUGCAUCACUACUCUGGGUCCAGCCCAGUGUCCAGUGAGGAGCUGCUCGUCAGCUGUGGCUUCCUGCUCUGUAAAGGCCUGGUGUCCCGCAUGGACCUGGUCUCGAUCCAUUUAUCAUCCGGUGCGCGCGUUUUCUCCUUCCUGUCUCUGGCCUGGGGCUUCGUGGCAGACGUGGACAUCGAAAGUGAGAAGUAUCGCCAUGUAGGAGCGGCGCGGUUCACAGUCGGGACGCUGGUCAGGUUAGCUUGUCUGCGCGUGUAUCGAGGGAGACUGUCGUAUCUGCUGCCUUCACUGGACAAUCGCAUUGACCAAAACGGCGUUCAGAACACGCCUUUGCCUGCUUCAAGUCUCUACAGUUUUCCUCAUGAAAACUGCAGUCCAAUCUCUGAACACAACUCCUGCCACUCAAACAACUCUGUUAAAGUGACACGGAGACUUGCCAACCUCAGCCCCUCUGGCCCUGUGGACUCUCUGCUGCCUCCUUUAGACCACCCUGUGCCUAACAACUGGGUGGUUGUGCCGCAGGAGGAGUUUGUCCUCAUGCUAGCGAUGUACCAGUCCCAUCUGGCUGAGGACCUGUUUGCGGCGCCGGACUCCACUCUGGACGACGGCCUAAUCCAUCUGUUCUACGUUAAAGCUGGAAUCUCGCGGGCAGCGUUGCUGAGGCUUUUCCUAGCCAUGGAAAAAGGCGCACAUCUGACCUCAAACUGCCCACAUCUGGUUCACGUUAAAGUCCGCGCUCUGAGGCUGGAGCCGCAGUCACCAAAGGGCAUCAUCACAGUAGACGGGGAAGUGGUGGAGUAUGGACCAGUGCAGGCGGAGGUCCACAGGGGGCUCGCCAGGCUGAUAACUGGAUAAAAUGAAAACCCUCAACUCUCUGGUCAGCGUAGCAAUGGUGUAAAACGACCUAUUGUGUUUGUGUCUGCAUUAUAGUUAUAAUCUAUGAGACAAGUCCGUGUUAGAAAAGUGCGGUGUCCAGUGGAAGCCGAGGUCGCCGUAAACGUCAUCACAACAAAGCUUUGCAUGCUGUCAGCGCCCCCUAUGGAUAGCUGCAUCCUACGAGAAUCACCAGUUAAGAAAAUGAAACUG